GUUGAGCAGCUAAAGGAGGAGAUCUGCGAGUACCAGAAAGGCGAGAAGCCAGGACUUCUGCCCACCACCCCAGCCGAGGCCGAGAAAGCCGCAGCGAGCUCGCCACAGGGCACAAAGGAUGAGGUUAGGGUGGAAGGAGACCAUGUUUUGGGCAAAGCUGGCUCAGACCAGGAGGACAGAUAUCAGAGCAGUGAAAUGCUUCACAAAAGGUGCCGAGAGGUGAUUGAAAACAUCGAGGGCAGGAACUCCCAGCUCCUUCACAAGCUGCAGAAACUGGAGCAGGAGCACGAGGAUCUGGUUGAGCGCAAUGAAGAGCUGGAAUUAAUUCUGGGAGAGACGCAGAUCCAAACUAAGCAGGAGAAGGAACAGUUUGAGAGUGAGGUGGAGGGACUUCACCGCAAAAUCACAAGUUUAGAGACAGAGUUACUCGAAGUGCAGAAGAGCAAAAGUGAGACGAGUGGGGAUGAGCAGGCGUCGCCCGGAGCACAGGAGAUGCAAGAGAUGCUGGAAAGUUGUCAGGAAACAAUAGACAAGUUGGGAAAUCAGCUGGGAGAGCGGAGAGAGCGGAGAAAGCAACUUGUGUCUGAGCUCGAACUGUUACGAGAAGAUCUGAAGGCUGAGAAGAAGGGCCAUUGUAAUAACUCCCCGAGUCUCCAGAGAACAUCAGCAAGCAGGGAUCUCAUUAAUGUAUCCCAUGAGAAGCUAUGAAAAGAUAAUGCUUUGUUAGAUACAGAGGUCUCUGAACUGCUCCAAGAAAGAGAACAGAUGAACAAACUCGAGCAGAAACACGACGAUCCGUGUGCGGAUGUAGAGACGUACGCAGAGCAGAUGGCUGACGUGGUAUUUUUGGAAGAACAGAUCAAAAGCUUGAGAGAUGAACAAGAACUCCUCUGUUUGGAAUUACUGGAAAGCAACAAGAAGAGGGAGGAGCUGGAAAAGCAACUAAAAGAGAGCCAUGAAGAAAGACAGUCGUUACUGGAAGAGAUCGCCCAGCUAAAAGAAGCAAUCCGCAGUGCCCGGGAGCGGGGCGGCAGCGCGCUCGAAGAGACGUUGGGGAUGAACCAAGGCACGGCGCGUAGAGCGGAGAGGGCUCUCGUGUCGCAGAGCUCUGCGGGCAGCUUAGAUGGGAGCGUUGAACAGAGUCCGCCCGACGAGCGGUUCCAGCAGCAGGAGGAGAAGAUGCAGCAGCUGCGGCAGGACCUGCGCCGCGUCCAGAACCUGUGCAGCUCGGCCGAGAGGGAGCUGAGAUACGAGAGGGAGAAAAACGUCGACUUACAAAAGCAAAAUCUCUUGCUCCAGCAAGAAUGCACCAAGGUCAAAGCUGAGCUGAAGCAAGCCCGGGCAAAACUCUCGGACACAACGGAAACGUGCUCGUCUCUCUCAGCACAGUGGGAAAAGAGCCAGCAGAAGGUCAAGGAACUGGAACAAGAGCUCCUGAAGUGCUCCCAGGCUGAUAAACUGCAGAGCGGGCUGCAGGAGAAACUGGCACAGGAGAAAUCCAAAGUGUGCGAAGCACAAAAAAAGAUUUCAAAACUCCAGCAAAAGCUGAAGGAUUCCCAGCACCAGCUGCUGCUGGCAGAGGCCCGUGUUUCCGACAAGAAGCUCCUGGAGGAGGAACUGAAGGAGGCCCGAGAAAAUGAAGCUCGCGUGCAGCAAGAACUUCACGGGGAGCAGCUGAAAAG